CAGGCGAUGUCUCGCUUUGGAGUCUUUUAUGUAAAAAUAUAGGCAAAGAUUUGUCAAAGAUCUCAAUGCCGGUCACAAUUAACGAGCCGUUGAAUGUAUUGCAACGACUCUGCGAAGAGCUCGAGUACAGCGAUCUCCUCGACAAAGCGGCCUUAAUUGAAGACAAUCGCCAACGAAUGCUACAAAUCGCCGCUUUCGCCGUCUCUUCCUACAGCUCGGCCUACUAUAGGGCCGGACACAAGCCAUUCAAUCCACUGCUCGGCGAAACAUACGAGUGUAUCCGCGAAGACAAGGGUUUCAGAUUCAUAUCAGAACAGGUCAGCCAUCAUCCGCCGGUGUCUGCCUGUUGGGCCGACUCUGAUAACUACAUCUUCUGGCAGGAUAUGAGAAUUAAGAGUAAAUUUUGGGGCAAAUCCAUGGAAAUAAUACCGUUCGGAACGGUUCACGUGCUCUUAAAGCCCUUUAACGCUCACUAUCGGUGGAAUAAAGUGACCACUUGUGUACACAAUCUGUUCAAAGGCCAGCGUUGGGUCGAUAACUACGGAGAGUUGACGAUAACGGACGGCGAGUUGACGUGUCGGCUCACGUUUGAAAAGGCCAGCUAUUGGUCUAAUAAGAAGCACGAAGUGAAUGGUGUGCUCGUGAACGCCAACGGGGAUGUGAUUGAGCGGCUGUUUGGGAAGUGGAACGAGUCUCUGCACAGCGGCAGC